AAAAUUCCUUUCACCAUGGAAACAUUUUACGAUGGCGAUCUUAAGGAUAUAUGGGAUUCUGAUUUAGAUCCAACGGACUCUCUGAAGUUGUCCACGGACAGUGACAUGAACGAUUGGUUUCUGGAGCGCGACGUUAAAGAUGCCGCUGUCAUACUUAACGACAAAUUAAUUUCCGAUGCCCUUCUAAAUGGAACGAUACCGAUCAAAUCUGAACAUUCCUACAGCCUUAACAGCGAUGGCGACUCUCUACCCGAUUCGCCCCACAGUCUGCACACAAAAAUGGAUGAUAUGGAAGAUGAAUGCUACCCGGCCAUUUCAUUGAAAACAGCCACAUCGAACGUCAGGGGUGUAAGCAGCACGGCAACUAUUGAUCCAAAAUGCUUAAACAUUUCAUCCAGCUCCUCAAUGAUCACUGGUAAUAAUAUGGAAACUGGUUCAUUAACCUUAAAUGCCGUGGUUUCUGCAGGUUCAACAUCUAGCGCAAACAUAUGCAGUCAGUCAAAUCCCAUACUGACCACCAGCAGCUGCAACACAAGCCAUAUAUCGAGCAUGUACAGUAAUAUAUGUAAGAUUUCUGCUAGCACACCCAUUACACUCAGCCUGCGAAACCUUGAAAGCGCCCAGAAUCUGAACAAUUCAAUGAAUGCCGCCAUCUCCUCGGAUAAUCACAAAUUAAUGGUCAAACAACCCGCCACACCUUUACAGACAAAACAACAACAACAAUAUCUACCUCAAGAUGAGCUAAAUGCAGUCAUGGAUAAUGAUUGUGCAUCCAGUACAUCAUCGCGGGAUGGAAGUCAGUCACCAGAUAUAUGCUCCGACAUUGAGAUCGAUGAAUCCUGCAUUAAAAACGAGCCCAUGUCUCCCGACUCCAGUUGUCCUGGUAGUCCGGAGGCGAGUGACAUAGCCAACUGUAGCAAUACGAAUGGCGGCACCUUAAGUCUAACCAUGGCCAAUAUGGCUGCCUUCACAAAUUCAGAUCUCGUUUUUGAGCACAAGGAUGGUUGUUUGCAACUUACGCCGUCUUCCCAAAACUUGCUCAAGACACAGCAAAUUGUCAUCAGUCCCUCACAAAAUGUUAUAAUACCUAAAUUUACCAUAAAAUCUGAGGGGACAGCAUCCAGCAGCGGUACUUUCAUUACGUCUCCCUCGAUUGCCAAGUCAUAUGGUCUGCCCUUGACCCCACCGUCGUCCCUCUCCAGUGAUGGUUCGGAGGGUAAUCUCACACCUGAACACAUGCUUUCACCUCAGUCACCCACCUCAUCAGCUACAGCGAAGAUAGCGGCUUCGGUUAGUCAACCGACAAGUGGCAUUUUAACUGUUACGUCUAUACGACGAAAUACCAAUAGCUCUGCCUCGUCCACUACCUCCAAUUCCAGUUCCAAUGUAAGCAUGGGUCGACACACAAGUGGAGGUACUACCCGCCAACCAAUACACACACCACUGAUAAGCUCGCAACCGCCCAAGCUUUCCGGAAUAGUAAGCCGUCCCAAGCUUUCCGGAACAGUAAGCCGCACCCACACAGUAAGCCGUCGCAAGCUUUCCGGAACAGUAAGCCGUCGGGAAACAGUAAGCCGUCGCAAGCUGGAACAGUAA